AUCCUCUUGGCAUUGAAAAAGAAAUGCAUCAAAAUAAUGGCAAGACCGUUCAUCUCUUCAACUAGCUUCACCAUCUGCAUUUCUUCACUUCUCUUGAUCCUCUUCAUCUCUUCUACAGCAUAUGGAAGUGAGUUGGAGAAGGGGAAGAAGAGGGCUUUGUUCGUGUUCGGGGACUCCACGGUGGACCUGGGCAACAACAACUACAUCGAGACGAUCCCAGAAAACAGAGCCGACUAUGAGCCAUAUGGGCAGAACGGCUUCUUUGGUGGACCCACAGGGCGGUUCUCCGAUGGCCGCGUAAUUGUGGACUUCAUUGCUGAAUAUGCGCAGUUGCCAGUGAUCCCUCCAUUUCUAAAACCCUCAGCUGAUUAUUCCAAUGGGGUCAAUUUCGCUUCAGGCGGGGCCGGCAUCCUUCCUGAAACCAACCAUGGAUUGGUCAUCGAUCUUCAGACACAGCUAAAGAGCUUCGAGGAAGUCGAGAAGACGUUAGCAGAAAAGUUUGGGAAGGAUGAGACCGAAGAACUGAUAUCAGCAGCGGUUUACUUCAUCAGCACUGGAAGCAACGACUACAUGGGUGGAUAUCUAGGCAAUCCGACGAUGCAACAGCUUUAUCAGCCUCAGGAGUUUGUUGGGAUGGUCAUCGGUAACUUGACUCAAGCGAUCCAGGUUUUGUAUGGGAAAGGAGCGAGAAAUUUCGGCUUCCUGAGCUUAUCUCCACUUGGUUGCUUGCCCGCCCUUAGGGCUGCAAACCCAAGAGCUAAUGAAGGCGGUGGUUGUUUCGACGAAGCCUCUGCCCUCGCAAUGGCACACAACAAUGCUUUAAAGACUGUUCUAACGAACCUCGAAUACAUACUCAAGGGUUUCAAGUACUGCAACAGCAACUUCUAUGAUUGGCUUCUUGACCGAAUCGAGAAUCCAUCCAAGUAUGGAUUCAAGGAUGGAGUGAAUGCCUGCUGCGGGACUGGGCCAUAUAAUGGCAUUUUAACUUGUGGAGGCACGAAGAACAUCACGACGUACGAGCUUUGUGAGAGAGGAGAGGACUAUGUUUGGUGGGAUUCAUUCCACCCGACAGAGGGGAUACAUAAGCAGUUUGCCGAGGCACUUUGGAGCGGAACUCCACCAUCAGUCGGGCCAUACAGUCUCCAAGACCUCUUCUUCAGUCAAGAGAAGCUAACGAUUGCCGAUGUAGUUGAUGAUCCAGAAGGCAGAGAUUUCUCGCACUUUCAGUAAAUCAAUCUACAAAAGUCUCAACUCUGUCCUGCACUUCUUGUAUACCAUUUCUUACCAUAACUAUAACAUUUCUUAGUAGAAUCUUAAUCGCCGCAUAGAAAGAUCUAUGAAUUUCUUAUUUGACAAUUCAUUGCGUUCCAGUUUCUUGAA